AAGGAGAGAUGAGCGAGUCUGAAAAUUUUGGACAUGAGCAUCCACUGGUGUUGAAUGAAGGGCAGAGCAAUCAAAGUGAAGAAGCUUACUGCUCAAGGUGUGAGGAGGAGGUGUCACUGUCAGCUCCAAGUUUUAGCUGUGUGGAGUGUGGGUUUUACCUCCAUAAGAAAUGUGCUGAGGCACCCCUGGAGAUCAAUCACCCUCUUCAUCCCAAGCAUCCUCUCCUUCUGCAACAUUCACCUUAUGCUGACGGAGUGGGCUGCAUUUGCGACUUUUGUGAUGAGAUAUGUAAGACUUUCAUUUAUCAUUGCUCUUGUGGAUUAGACUUCCAUAUCACAUGUGCUUUAUUGACCUUUAGUAUUGCUGAAAAAUUUUCUGAAGAGCUUCAACAUGUUGCUGUUGAAGAUCCAUUCAUUUCCACCAAAAAUGAUGGUGAAGAACGUGAAAGUUUUAAUUGUUUCGGGUGGCAUCAUCAUCGCAUUUUUCACACAUAUUUCCUUCAUGAUGAAGAUUUUAAGAGUUGGGAUUGUAUAAUUUGUCACCAUGAGGUCAAUACAGAGCAUGGCAGUUACUAUUGUUCAAACUGCAAAAUUAUUGUCCAAGUGAAUUGCGCAAUAAAGAAGGAACGCUGGUACUAUAUAGUUUCGCAAGAAAAUGAAGAUGGGAAAUCUAUUGAUAGUUUGGCACUAUUGCCUGGUGUAUCUAUAGACUCCAUCACUUGUGUUAUUGAGAGGAAUGAUGCUGGAGAAGCCACAAAAAUAAAACAUUUCAAGCAUGUUCACGACUUGAUGUUAAGUGAGAAAAUUGCAAAGUAUGAUAAAUCUUGUGAUGGUUGCAUGUUACCUAUCUCAGCCUCAUUUUACUAUUGUUCAGAAUGUGAUUUCUUUCUUCACAAAACCUGUGCUGAAUGA